AUGAUUAAUUAUCAAAACAUAAAAUUUAGCUAAAAUUAUGACUCUUCAUAAUAACAAUCAACUAAACUUCCUUUGAUAAUAGAUUUUUAGAAGUAAAGAUAAAAUUACAUCAAAAAUAACAAAACUCAAUCUAAAUCUAUGCAAUAAAAUUAAAGGAAAAAUAAUUUCAUUCAAAACAACAUCAAAACAGAUGUUAAUGAAAUUAUUAAAUAAUAUCAUGUUUCUAUGUUCAAGGAACUAGAAGAUAGGUCUCGGAGAACUUUAAAAGAAACAAAAUUCGUAUGGUUACAGGAAAAUAAAAAUAAAGAUAAUAGACUCAUAAAUUUCUAUCAAUUACUAGAACUAAGAUUAAAAUAACAUUAAAUUAAGAAAGAUAAGUCAAAAAUAUCUAUUAAUGGAAAUAGAUUAUAAACAAUUAGUGAUAUUGUAUAUAGCACAAUUAAUAAGGAAUGA